AUGUCAAGUCUUGAAGAGAAAAAGAGAAAACUAGCAGAGUUGGCCGCAAAGAAAAAGGCACAGACCACCGCCACCGAAGUGGCUCUGGCAAAGGCCAACCCCGGCAUGAAAAAGCAAGCACCAAAGUCUGGCAGCUCGAAACCACCUGCCGGAAGAGUUACUUCAAUCUCUUUGUCAUCAAAGAAGGCAAGACAAGAAGAUGAGGAAGAGGAGAACAGCGAUCAAGACAGCUACGAUGAAGGCGACGGUUUCGUCGUGCCAGACGACAGCAGCGAGGAAGACGGUUCAGAGAGUGACGAAGAUUACAGUCCAUCGGAUGAUUCCUCCGAAGACGAAAAGAGAAAGAAGAAGAAAUCAAGAACAUCGUCAUCCUCAUCGAAAUCAUCCUCUUCAAAAUCAACACCAUCGAAAUCAUCAUCAUCAUCUAAACCAUCGUCAUCUUCUUCAAAAUCAUCAUCAUCUGUAUCAUCUUCAAAAUCAUCAUCUUCAAAGAGAAGAAAGGACGACGAUGGUUCGGGUGAGAGUGACGAUGACUCUGGCGGAGAAUUAGUUUAUCCAUUCAAAGAUAUGCCAACAUCAAGAACCAGACCCAAGGCAUUCAUUGCUUUCCCAGCACGUUUGGACGGUGAUGACGACGACGAUGAUGACGAUGAUGCUAGCGAUGACAGUGAUAAUUAA